CACAAAAGCGAGCGUAAAAAAAGGAACGCAAAGAAAAUAGCAAGAAAACGGAAUUGUGAGAAAAAUACGUUUUUCGAUGGUGCCUCGCAGCUACUGGAUAGGAUUUGUUCUGUGAAAUUUGACGAAUUUGUGGUUUUUGCGUGAUAGUACUAAUUUUGUACGUCACGGUGUGUUUAGGAAUUGUGCGUACAUCGAAUGAGCCACUUGGCGAAACAAUGAUCAGUCAGGUAACUGUGGAAGCGCAUCAUUCGGCCACCUACGUGGAAAAUUAUUUGGACUCGGUUGAGAAUCUCCCGGACGAUGUCCAGCGGCACCUGUCCCGAAUACGGGAAAUCGACGUCCUGUACCGGAACCAUUUGCGGGAUGUGAGUGUGUAUUAUGACCAGUGGAGCAGCAUGAAUGGGUCUCCGGGCCAGCUGAAUGGCGGCGGUGCUGGCAGUGAUUCUUCGCAGCCCUCUACAAUCGAACCGAGUAACGCUUCCAGAAGGGUCAUGGCUCGUAUUCAGCAGGGCUUGAUAGCGGCUCAGGAGCUGGGUGAUGAGAAGUUGCAGAUUGUGCAGUUGCUGCAGGAUCUGAUUGAUCAUAAGACGCGUCAGUUGGAUCAGGAUUUCAAGAAUUUGGGAAGCGAUUUCUUCUCGAGAUUGGACUAUAAUCGAGAGGAGAAACUGACCGAGGGACAGCAGAAGGAAAUCCGUGCCAAUAGUCCGGGGUCUGCAUGCUCACCCAACAACGUCAAUUCGUCUCCGGCAGCUUUUUCAGUUGCCACCGGAAAUGGGCAAAGCAGCACGUCUGGUUCAAAUGGUGGAAACGGAACGGUGGCUAAUUCCGGUAAUGGAAGCUUCACCGCAAACAGUGGCACCAAUGAAAAUGGCAACAAUGGAACUGGAUCCGGUGGAAGCACUACCGGAACUGGUGGAAAUGGUGGCAGUGGUGCUGGUAGUGGGAUUACAAAUACCGCCACUGCUGAGCGCGGUUCGAAACGUGCACGUCGAACACGGAACGAGCAGAACAGUGGCAGCGCCAACGGUUCCAGCACGCCGAAUUCCAACUCCGGAGCACACAUACCAAUGGACAUUGACCCGAUCGAUACGAGCAAUGUGAAGCAGGAAGUGAGCAGCAGCAGUGGAGUAGGUCAAGCAUCCGGAAGUGGCACCACCGGCAGUGGUACAACGGGCAAAGCUAAUUCCUCCGGUCAGGCGAGUGGUGGCGGUGGCGGCGGAGGCGGUCAAGGCAAAAAGGGUGGCGCCGGUUCGGGGAAGAAGAAAAAACGGAAGACCGGCAGAGGACAGGCACGGGAGGCGCGCGAGGAUACACCACCACCAGAGGAAACCAUCGAUCCGGAUGAGCCGACGUACUGCUUGUGUGAUCAGAUCUCCUUCGGUGAGAUGAUCCUCUGUGAUAACGAUCUGUGUCCGAUCGAGUGGUUCCACUUUAGCUGCGUCGCCCUGAUGUCCAAGCCGAAGGGUAAAUGGUUCUGUCCCAAUUGUCGCGGUGACCGGCCGAACGUGAUGAAACCGAAGGCGCAAUUUCUGAAGGAACUCGAACGCUACAACAAGGAGAAGGAGGAGAAAACCUAAAUAUUGUUAUUGGUUAUCAUUUUUCGUAGCAUUAUUUUAUCAAUUUUUGUUUUCGUUUGCUACUGAAAAUAGAAGGCUACAAAACCGUUCGCGAUCCUGAAUAUUUCGGGUUCGAAACCAACCAUUGUCAGAAGCUCCAAUUUUUCGACAACAUAUUAAAAAAUCGAUCAUUUCAAAAAUUUUAUUGGAUGAACAUUUCUAUUAGAGCGUAGCAUUCUUUUUAAGGAAUAUGUUUAAGGAUUAGACGAUAAUUUCUGAGAGGUUUAUUUCCUUACUUCCAAGGAUGAAAGUGGCCACUUUAUACUAUUUAUGUUUUACAUUCUAAAGUUUGCAGUUAAAAGUAAGAGACAGUUUUAACGGAACGUAUUUUCCCAUGCGAGACGAAACACAUCUCACAGACAGAAAACAAAACAACAAUUUACAAACGUGUAUUGUAUUGCGAAAAAAAAGUAAGAAAUAAAAUGA